GGGUCUCAUUUUGUCCAAUAAGAUUCUCCAAGGAGAUGGAGACAGCCAAUGUCCAACAGCCGAAAGAGACGGGGGGAAAGCAGCAGAGGGUCCUGUGAGCUGAGCAGCCGUGAACAGACGCUGCUCUUCUUCCCAUUGUUUCUGUCACGCAGGGACGUGUAGCCGUGGCCUUCGUAUUGCGCUUUACAGUGAAUCAAGAUGGUGAAGGACCCAAAGAAACCGCGAGGCAAAAUGUCCUCAUAUGCCUACUUUGUGCAAACAUGCCGUGAGGAGCACAAGAAGAAACAUCCUGAUGCCUCUGUCAACUUUGCCGAGUUCUCGAAGAAGUGCUCAGAAAGGUGGAAGACGAUGUCACAGAAAGAGAAAACCAAAUUCGAGGACAUGGCCAAACAAGACAAGGUUCGCUAUGAGAGGGAAAUGAAGAAUUACAUUCCCCCAAAGGGCCAGAAGAUGAAGCGAUUUAAGGACCCUAACGCCCCCAAGAGGCCACCAAGUCUGUUCUUUCUGUUCUGUGCAGACUUCCGUCCCAAGGUGAAGGACGAGAAUCCUCGUCUCUCUAUUGGGGACACUGCAAAGAAGUUAGGCGAGAUGUGGAACAGCACAUCUGCAGAGGAAAAGCAGCCAUAUGAAAGGAAGGCUGCCAAGUUGAAGGAGAAAUAUGACAAGGACAUCGUUGCCUACCGCACUAAGGGCACAGUGGAUCCAGGAUCAGCCCGGGCAGCUGAAGAUGAAGAUGAUGAAGAUGAAGACGAAGAAGGAGAGGACGAAGAGGAUGAGGAAGAGGAUGACGACGACGAGUAGACUGCAUAGAAAUGGAAAGAGACCUCAAGUUUUGUUUAUGCCAUAUUACUCAACUAUACUCAAUUCAUCAUCUUGAAAACCAAGAUCAAAUGGAACAAGAACAUAUGUAUAUUUGAUGUUUUUAAGAUGUACAGUGUUAUGCGCUUUUUUUUGUAAAGUUAACGCAACAUAUCUUAAGUUUGAGAUUUUCUAGUGGUAGUUCUUUGUUCUUACCUUAUUGUGUAACAAUCUAGGGGGAGCAUAAAUCAGUAUGGAACAAAUUAGUCUAUCAGUGUCACAACUCAAAAAUAAGAUUUCUGAGUUGUUAGUGUAUUUUUAUUUAUUUUGAAAGAUAUUUUUUUAUGUGCUGUCCCAAUGUCUUUUUAUUGUUCUUUGAAUACCACUCUAAUAUCAAAUGCAGCUGUCGACAUUCAAGAAUGUCUUCAAUAAAGGUCGUUUUUUUAAGUG